AUGAUUAAGCUUUUCAAUCUGCAGAGCCCGCUCGACAUCAUUGAGUUCAACAUGAAUUGGCAGCAAGUUGGCUUCAUUCUCGCGCUUUGCUCCUACGGAUCGCUGGCCCUGGAAUUGCUGGAUACGAACUGCGUUAAAAAACCAGUGGGAAUCAAUACCCAAAUAUAUGGAGGUGAAACUGCUGAUAUACGGUCGCAUCCAUGGAUGGCACAGAUACUUUGCUGGGGCCAACAUUUCUGUGGUGGCUCGCUGAUAAGCUCCCAAUUCGUUCUGACAGCAGCGCAUUGCCAAUGGCGAUUCGGUCUGAAAGUGCGUUUGGGCGGAUACAAUGGGACUACGGCCAUGAACCUUUGUUCAAGCGACAAUUGCUCACCAGCAGGUGCAGAAAUCGAUGUGAAGGCGAUAUUUGUGCCCAAUUUGUACUGGGACUAUCAUACCUAUGACAUUGCCCUCUUUCAGCUGGCCGUGCCGGUAAAGUAUAAUGCUCAAAUUAGACCGAUCUGUGUGAUGCAGACCUCGAACGAGGGCAAACUACGGCGAUUUUUAAACUACGUCAGCACGUUUAAUGUCACCGGCUGGGGAAAAACGGAAUCUAGUGAAACGAGCACGACACUCCAGUCGGCCAGCUUAUACCACCUCGAUCGUGGAUACUGUUUCCAAAUCUUCGACCGGGCAAUCUACUGGCCACACAUCUGUGCUGGCCACUCGCAAUCCUCCACGUGCACCGGAGAUUCUGGGGGUCCGUUGAGCGCGGAGAUGACCUUUUUGGAAUGGAAACACCCCAUUUUGUUCGGAGUAGUCAGUUAUGGGGCUUCGAAUUGUCGCGAAGUUACCGUUUUCACGAAUGUUUUGCAUUACACUAACUGGAUUAGAGAUGUUGUCCGCAGUGUCACACCCACUAAUAAUAACUAA